UGAACCCUAUACCCUAACCCCUAUUCCCUAACCCCUAUACUCUAUACCAUAUUCCCUAACCCCUAUACCCUAAACCCUUUUCCCUAACCUCUCUACUCUAUACCCUAUUCCCUAACCACUAUACCCUAAACUCUAUUCCCUAACCCCAAUACCCUAAAACCCUAUUCCCUAACUACUAUACUCUAUACCCUAUUCCCUAACCCCUAUACCCUAUUCCCACACCCUACGCCUUUCCCUUGUCCUAUCUCCUCAUCCAGUACCCUAGCCUCUCUACCAGAGAGACACCAGUCUACAGCAUCAAGUUUUCCAGUGUGGGUACUAGCAGGUCCAGUCGUCAUCAUGUUCUAUGGGUCGUCCUCCACCUCGGGGGCCUCCAUGUCUCUGCCCUCCAAGAGCCGUCUCAAACGCCAGAGCAGAACUUUCACGCAGGUCCUGUACCGGACUCUGAGUUACCGGGAUCGUCCCCCGGCCGACCACACCUCCCGAGACCGGCGCUCCAUCACCGAACCCCCCGACGACCGUCCCCGUGACGACCCCGCGGAACUCUCCACCCAGAGCUCCGCCCCCGGCGUCCUGAAGAUCUUCGGAGAUGAGAUCUGCGAGGGCGCCAACUACAAGUCCGUCCUCGCCACGCCCCGGUCCAGCGCACAGGAACUGGUCAAAGAGGCGCUGGAACGCUAUUCGCUGAACAAAGCCUCCGCCCACUCCUACGUCCUCUGCGACGUGAUAGGCCAGCUAGAGGGGGGAGGAGGAAGAGGUCAGGAGGGAGGAGAGGGGGAAGGAGUAGGACAGGGGGGAGGAGGGGGGUGGAGGACGGAGUGUCUGCGGGCGAUGGGCGACAAUGAGAAGCCGUUGUUGUUACAGGAACUAUGGAAGCCCAGAGAGGGACAUGCCAGGAGGUUUGAGCUGCGGAGGAGAGCAGAGGUAGAGGAGCUGAAUGCCAAGGAGAAGGAUACGGUCACUGCAGGACCCAAAACACCCCCCUUCCUCGCAGCCCUAAUGGUCCGGUCUGGUCUAGGUAGAAUCAUCUCCUCCCCUCUGCGUUCCGGCCGGGUGGUACAGCCCAACACCCCUGGCUCUAAAGAUAUCAACGCCCAGGCUAGGAAGCUACAGAAGAACAGAACUAAAGGAACUCUGACACUUCCUCGACCUGGGACCACCUUCUGCCGCUCCCUCAGUGAGACCAGUCUCAACCAGUUGGGGGGUGCAGACGAGCCGAAGCGUUACUAUUCGACCCUGCCAGGACCUCUGAGGACGAGGGGGAGUCAAGGGGGGGCCACGACCAGGAAGAAGGAGGGAGAGGGGGGAGGAGCGGGGGGAGGAGGGGUGAGACAUUCCCUCUACCAGUCCCCUCACCUGCUGCUGCUGCAGGGAUACAACAAACAGGACUGCCUGGUGUACCUGUUGAACAGAGAGCAGCACACUGUGGGUCAGGAGACCCCGUCAGCCCGACCAAACAUCUGCCUGUCCUCUCCUGACAUCCUGCCACUCCACUGUCGCCUCCACCGCGUCCCUGCCCCCCGUCGCCAUUGCAGCCCCCCGAACAACAACAACCCCUCCGCAGCCGCCGCCGCCAUCACCGGGGACGACCGCUUCUGCGUUGCCGUGGAGCCCAUCCCCCACGCGACGGUCCUGGUCAACUUCUCCCGGUGCGAGCAAUCCACCCAGCUUCGCCAUGGCGACCUGCUGUCGUUCGGAGCCCACUACAUCUUCCUGUAUAAGGACCCAACGGGGGCCAAACCCCUCCCCGCCCAGACGCUGGCACGCCUCCGAACCCUGGGGCAGCUUUACGAGGCUGGGGGAGGGGGGGUGGAGACAGAGGGUGGGACAGAGGGGGGAGGGACCUGUAAGAUGUGUGGCUCAUUGUUAAAGGACAGGGGGGUGUUGUCCUCCCAAACCGGCCCCCCCGCCAGGCGCAGUUUCAAACCACACCUGGUGAAACCCCGAGGCGGGGGUGUGGGGGGGACAGGCGUCGUAACGACGAUCUUGGCGGGACAGAACCAGAAGAGACGCCUACAGCUAGACUUUGAACAGGCCCACGAGGACGCCCUGGUGAGCAGGAUCAUGUCUCUGAUCGAGCCGGGCGGAGACGAUCACAAGUUAGCCCCUGCCUACCUGCUGUGUCUCUGCAUACAGCACUCUGCCUCCGCCUUCCCACCAGGCUGCUUCGGCAAACUGCUGCUGAAGAUAGUACGAUGUAUACAGACCAUCUCCUGGGAGAAGACAAAGAAAUUGGCACAGAAGCAAGCUCAGCAUCAAGACCCGGCCUCCCUGUCUCUCCUGUCCAUCAGUGAUCUGAUCCCAGACCUGCAGGUCAUAUUCUUCUGGAUGUCCAACAGUAUAGAGAUCCUCUACUUCAUCCAACAGAAGGCCCCAGCGUACACACAGGGCAUAGAGACGCUCGACUCUAAAGGUUCCAAGGAGUCGUUGCUAUCGGCGACCAUCUCAGCCAAUGAGGAGGCUAUGACCAUCCUGGAGGAAGUGAUCAUGUACACCUUCCAGCAAUGUGUCUACUACAUCACCAAGUCCCUGUACGUAGUUCUUCCUGGUCUGCUGGACUGUAACCCGUUCCCAGUGGACAGCUCUGAACCCUGCUGGAGAGGAGGUACAGGGUUUCCUGAGCCCGUACGCAGGGUCCUGCAGGUGUUCCAGUGCAGUCAGGAGUUACUCCAGGGGUACCAGGUCCACUCAGAGGUCCAGGCCCAGAUGUUCUCCUACCUCUUCUUCUUCUCUAACGUAUCUCUCUUCAACCAGCUCAUGGACAAGGGUCCGUCGCGGGGCUGGUUCCAGCGCUCUAAGGUUCUCCAGGUACAGGCCUGUGUCAGGAUGGUUCUAGAGUGGACUAGGAAGGCGGGGCUUAGUUACCUGGCAGACAAGUUCUUCAACAAGUUCAACAGCGCUGUCAGCAUCCUGGCCACACCCCCUCAGCAGCUAACACAGAUGAGUUGGAAGGUGCUGUGUGCGGACCACCCCAGUCUGAAGCCGGUUCAGCUGCAUGGACUAUUGACUCAGUACCAGUUGACAGCUGAGAUGGGGCCUGUUCCUCUCUGGCAGCCCAGUAGUGAGGAUGAGGCAUACAUAUACAGGACAGUGGACUUGUUGGAGAGUUUUGAGAACCACCCCCCCAUCGUCCUCCCCAGCGGGGGGUUCAGAGUGGACCUGGACAGUGACUGUAUAGAGGACAGCAUCUAUAGACAGCUGCUCUAUGUCAAACACUUCCUCUGGGGGUUACGCACAAAGACUCACACACACCCCACUGUCAACAACACACACACUCACACACACCCCACUGUCAACAACACACACACUCACACACACCCCACUGUCAACAACACACACACUCACUCACACCCCACUGUCAACAACACACACACUCACUCACACCCCACUGUCAACAAUACACACACUCACACACACCCCACUGUCAACAACACACACACUCACAUACACCCCACUGUCAACAACACACACACUCACACACACUCCACUGUCAACAACACACACACUCACACACACCCCACUGUCAACAACACACACACUCACACACACCCCACUGUCAACAACACACACACUCACAAUCACACCGCGGUUAACGGGACUGGAACGAGCACGAGCACCGGGACUAGUACCACCGCCGCAGACUGGCAGGAAGCACAGAGGGAGUGCCCUCCGUCCCACAACAGUCCCCGGUCAGGAGGGGGGGAGGAGUGGGUGAGGGAUAGACCCCCAGGCCAAUCUCACAGCAGUGUGAGGAGGAAUGGCACCGCCCCCCACCUCCGGCCGACCAACCAGGACCCUUCGUGCCUCCUGACUUCGCCCAACACGCCCCGGAACCCCGAGGGGGGCGGGGCUGACCUGGUUGGACACGCCCCCCAGGUCAACGGCUGCAGUAAUAGCAGACCUUCAACGGACGGGAAGAAAAGCAACGGACUAGAGGGUAGUUUAUGUGAGGUCCCCUUCCCCGUGCCUCCCGGGGCCCUGUUCCCUGAUGAUGAGUGUUGUCUGGUGUUUGUAGUGGAGCUGAACAAGGGACCCUACGGACUGGGCAUGGGACUCAUAGAUGGACUGCACACGCCUCUGAAUGCUCCAGGGAUCUAUAUCAGAACUCUGAUUCCAGACGGUCCGGCGGCGUCUGACGGGAGGCUGAGGAUUGGAGACCGGAUACUAGCGGUUAACGGGACCAGCCUGAUAGGAGCAGACUACCAGAGUGCUGUGGAUCUGAUCCGGCUAGGCGGAGGGCGUCUGCGUUUCCUGGUGGCCAAGUCAGACCUGGAGGUCUCAGAGAAGAUCAGCGCUUCGUCCUGCUGACUGGUGGGAACGGCGGGAAUCUCCACGGGAACGCUGCCCUCAGCUCCACCAAGAGAGAGGAGGAAGAGAGAAAGGAAAGUGGUAGAUGACAAAGAGAAAGAUACGCUGAGCGGUAGAAAGGAGAUGGAUUCUAGGAAGAUGGACAGAUCCUGGAAUGAGGAGAUACUCUUGGGAGUGAGAAAGAGCUUUCCUUCAAUCCCUAGUAUUACAUGCACAGACACACACACAUCAGCCUCAUCCUCAGAACUCAGACGAUGAUGGUCGGAAAAAAACUGAAAUCCCAGAUGAAUCGAUCAAAAGCACCAAACACUGGGAAGACUCAGGAAUUGAUCAGGAAUUUGUGACAGAUGAGUCAACAGACACUUAAAAACCAGACAGACAUUCUAAUGUUCUUUAUUGCACCGUUACUACGGUAACACACGCCCUGCCUGGAUUGUCGGAGGUACCGAGUCACCCCCCCGACUCCCAUUGUCUCUGAGUAUGACUGGCAAGGCAGUUCAACCAAUCACCUGCGAAUAGUCAGUGGUUUGAAGCAAAGUCUAACCAAUCAGUCUCGAGCGUUAACCCCUUCCAGCUAGGGUUCUUUUAAAGCACAGUGGAGUUCGUUAGGGGCUGCGGUCCGAUUCUCCACCCUUCUCCCCUGAAGUCAACAAUACAAUGCUUUCAAUCAAACAUGUUUCGGGGAACAGUGUCAGUUUCAAGUUCAUGUGUGUGAACACGUAUUUAUUAAUAUUAUAACCCAGAGAUGCAGCUUUCUGAUCUGUUCUUCAACUGGGGCCACUGUUAACCAAUCUGCUGACCAAACCAUUGAGAUUCAAUGGAAAAUGUCCAAAAUGAUGAUGUUGGCCUCUCAUUGACUAUAUAUACACGUGGUAUGUACUAACUGCAUGGCUAUAUGUACAUAUCAAUGUGCACUUCCACACUACACUCAGUAUGGAGGACUGUUAGAGUGACAUGCUCUAUUGAAGAAUGUUGUGUUGUUCUGUUGAAGAAUGUUGUGUUGUUCUGUUGAAGAAUGUUGUUCUAUUGUAGAAUAUUGUGACGUUCUAUUGUUCUGGAAGAAUGUCAUCAUGAACCCUGUUUAUAGCUGAUGCUAGCCUGUGUCCUGGUCUCGUCCACAUUUCUAGACCAUUAGAAGAACUUCUAGUGAUCAGAACUUUCUGACCGCCUCCGGAGGUUGUUCUGAGGGCAGCUCCGCCUCCAGGGAACUGGCAGAACAAAGCCAUUGGUUGGAUGAAAACUCAGUGACAUGUCAGUGGGCAGGGUUUAUAGGCGAGAGUCAAAUAAGAAAAGGCCUUGGGUGGUAGGUUGCCACCUACGAGGUUGCCAGUUCGAAUCCCAGUUGAGACUUGUUUUCCCACCUUACCCAACAUCUUUAACUAUACUGAACCAAAAUAUAAAUGCAACGUGUGAAGUGUUGGUCCCAUGUUUCAUGAGCUGAAAUAAAAGAUCCCAGAAAUGUUCCAUACGCACAAAAAGCUUCUCAAAUUUGGUGCACA